GAUCGUUUCGGUUUAACGGUGUUGGUUCGAAAAAGCUCGUGUUCGGAGGCAUUACAUGUCAGUUUCGAUGUCCGCCAUUUGCCAGCUUGAAUUCGCAAAGAACGCAUUAUUUUCUGUGUCAUAAUAUCUAAAAAUGGAGAAUUGUCGUACGCCCACGAACAAGACGAAAAUUACUUUGAAUUGCACGCCAACGUUAAAGGAGCGCAGAUGGAACACCCUGAAGGUGAACACCUCCAACGUGCGAUGCUCUACUCCGAUUUUCGGCAACUUCCGUUCGCCCAAUCUUUCGCCCAUUGAGAAUAUGGGCACAAAGAAGAGUCCAGUGUCGCCCAUGCGGUUCGCCACCUUCAAGAAACUGCCAUCGAAGGCGCAUCACCAUCACCAUCAUCAGCACCAUCACCAUCAACCCAGUCAUGGCACUCAGCUGAAGCCGCCGCCUUUUAUACUGCCCAAGUCGCAGGAGGAGAUCAUCGAGCCAGAGCGAGAAAUUAAGAUCUCCAGUAGCCCGGACACCUGUUCGGACGACUCGAAUAUGGAGAACUCACUGGCCUUGGAGUCGCGUCGGCGUUCCAUCAAGGCAUCGAACCACUCGUAUGUUGUUAACCAUGCCGCCAAUGUGGAACAGAUACUUAUGCACAUGGGCUUGGAGAACUAUGUGACCAACUUCGAAGAGGCUCACAUCGAUCUGGUGGAACUGGCGUCUUUGGAGCGUGCGGAUCUUAUCAAAAUUGGCCUAAAUACCGAUGAGGAUUGUAACCGCAUCAUGGAUGUGCUCCGCACCCUUUAAGUGUAUCGCUGGCAUAUCCAACAGGAAUCGUACCUUAAAAUUUAAAAUGUUUUAUGUGAAGAAAAAUUUUGUGAUUUUAUUAUAACUAAGUGAUAUUGUAAAAAAAGACCUGGUGUCUUGAAGCUUGUCUUCUUCAGUCUUUAAAAAAAAUAUAUAAUUUAAUAUUUAAUGUAAUUCAUAAAAUGUUGCACCAAAGCUCAUUAAACAAAUGUACUGUUAUUUCAUAAGCUAGCAAA